UUCUUUUCAAUACUGUUUCAAUCAUUAAACCAAGUUCAUUUUUGAGUUCUUCACUUCCUUUCCAUCUGAACAUCCCUAUCUCCAAAUAUGGCACAAAGCCAUAGUGUCAUUGGCGUGAUCAACUUCAUAGCGACGCUUCUAUCAAUUCCAAUUAUAGGGGCCGGAAUUUGGCUGACGACACUACCGGAUAAUUCUUGCGUUAAGAUUCUCCAGUGGCCGGUUGUAAUUCUUGGCAUUUUAAUCUUAGUUGUAGGAAUUGCAGGGUUGGUAGGAGGAUUUGGGAGAAUUUCAUGGUUACUUCUUUUCUACUUGGUUGUUAUGCUAGUUCUCAUAAUAUUACUUGGUUGUGUGGUUGUAUUCAUUUAUAUGGUUACUCUUCAAGGGUCUGGUCACAUUGCUCCCAGUAGAUCUUACUUGGAAUAUCGUCUCGACGAUUACUCCGGCUGGUUACGCCGAAGAGUGCAAACUUCAUAUAAAUGGGACCAAAUUCGAGCUUGUCUCAGCUCGACAAGCAUGUGCCCGGAACUGAAUCAGAGUUACCAUUUUGCUCAAGAUUUCUUCAAUGCGCGCAUCACUCCGUUACAGUCCGGCUGUUGCAAGCCUCCAACGCAAUGUGGAUUCACGUUUGUAAAUCCAACGUAUUGGAUUAGUCCGAUAAACACAGCAGCAGACAUGGAUUGUUUAAUGUGGAAUAACGAACAAACGCAACUUUGUUAUGGAUGUGAUUCAUGCAAAGCUGGAUUACUUGCCAAUAUCAAGAAUGAAUGGAGAAGAGUAGAUAUCGUUUUAUUAAUCACUUUGAUUGCUCUAAUCUGUGUUUACUUGGUAGGUUGUUGUGCAUUCAGAAAGGCGAAAACAGAAGAUCUGUUUUGCAAGUACCAACAAGGUUAUACUUAGGAAACAAAAAAUCCAAGACUUGGGUUCAUGAAUCGCGUCUACUGUUUUGAGGAUCCUGCAACAAAUUGCUACAUCAUGGGAAUCAAGACUCCCAAUUAUGUAAAAAGAUCUGUUUCACUUUAUGGAAUUGCAAUGUAUGGAGCGUCUGUGUUUUGCUGAACAAAAUGUGUUAUUUCCUAA